UGCCUCACCCUCUGACUGUAGGGACCAACAUAAUUCAGAUCAGAGCAAAUAUCAGCAUCAGCACUGUUAGAUGUCUACCAGCUCACAAAUGGAAGAGUGAGGGAGUGAGACCUUACAUGUGCUGUGGAAUAUCAACUCUGAAGGAUGAUAAAUGCUUCCAGGGUCUGUGAUUUAACGGCAGAGCGCUCUCAGUCAAGAUAAUUUACGGUUUACUCAGCUAGUGCGUGUGUGAGUGAGUAUAUUUUUAUACAUGUGAGUGUGACUUUGUAUCAUCAUCAUGGCCUCGGUGAGUGUGACCUUGGAGAAUCAACUCCACAGUGCACAGAAGAACCUGCUGUUCUUGCAGCAAGACCAUGCCAACACAUUGAAGGGCCUUCACGCUGAGAUCCGCCGCCUACAACAGCACUGCACAGACCUGACAUAUGAGCUGACAAUGAGGAGCUCUGAUCCAGGCGAUGAUGGUGAGGCACGCUGCAGAGAGCUGCACCAGCGCUGUGAGGAGCUGGAGGCUCAGCUGAAGGCUAAAGAGCAGGAAAACAUGGAGCUCCUGCGGGAUCUAGAGCAGAAGAACGCCAUGAUCUCCGUGCUGGAGAACACCAUCCGUGAGCGAGAGAAGAAGUACCUGGAUGAGCUAAAGCUGAAGAGCCAUAAGUUGGCAGUGCUGUCUGGAGAACUAGAGCAGAGAGCCAGCACCAUCGCCUACCUCACCUCCCAGCUCCACGCUACCAAAAAACGCCUUCUCGCUGGGGGUGCGGCUGGUAUAAGCCCCUCCGGCAGCCCAGUUGCCUCUUUCAAACCAACUCCACCUUCCGCUCCAGUGCCUACUGGAAAUGAAAAGGACAUUCGCCAACCUGAGACCCCUCGCAGGCGUAUGCGCAAAAGUCUUUCACAGCCACUGCAUUCUGAAUACACGGAGCUGUAUCGGUUGGGCGCCAUGGACGGGCGCAGGGUGGUGCUUAGAGAUCAAGUAGAUGCCAUGCCAGAUCCCACACCCUUCCUCCAAGCCAGAGAGCCAGUUGGCCCUGUAGAGUCCCAACCGGUGCUGCGGGAACGCCCUUCUGUAAUCCCGCCCAUUGCUUCGACCACACCCCCUGCACCAUCAAGUCCCGCCCACAUCCCUGUGCCCCCAAGCCCCAGGAAUAGUCCAGCACGGGAAGGGUCUAUUUCCCAUGCUAAUGCACAUAUAGGUGUGGCACAUAGGAUCGAUCGCUCGCCCUCAGCAGGUAGAGGUUCGGCCCGGCCACAGGCAGAGGUGGAAACCCUCGCCGUGGACCAAGUCAAUGGGGAGCAGGUAGUUCGCAAACGCUCAAGUGCAGACAGAACUGUUUAAAACCAAGAAAUGCACACAUGUACACACCCUAAAACACAGACAAUGUUUAAACAUAGUAUAAACAUAGCCGUAUUAAGACCAAUGCAGUAUGUACAGAACUCGAUAUGACUGCGAAAACACACACACACACACACACACACACACACGCGCUCAAAACAGUAGAACUAUUUAAAUAAAGUAUGAAACACAUAGACAUAUCGUUUAAUUUGCUACAGAUUUCACACUAGCAAACACAACUUCACAACACAACCCUGGAAGACACUGUAUAACACACACUGGCAAAUGAACAAGUGAAUUUUAGGCAAAGACUGUCUAAGAAUGAAAGACAAUUAAUGUGUUUCUAAAAGAACGUUGGAGAGACUUUGGAGGGCAGCAAGAGCUUCUGUAUGUCCUGCUGCUUUUUAUGCAACAUGUAGAAGAAGGGAAAAAUACUUUUGCUCAUGGUCAUUUUAACUUUUCUUGUUUCACCUCAGUCGAGAAGAACUUUGAGCAUGCCAAAUGUUUAUUUUUCUUUACCAUCUGAUUUUCAGUGUCUUCUUUUUGCCAUUUAUGUCCCAAUCAGUAUGUUGUCAAGGUGCAUCACACACACAUACAGUAUAUUGCCAAAUCUUGUCAUUGCCUGCUGAUUUAAUGUGCUCUGAUGCAUAUUCAUAUCUACUCAUAUUUAUUCAUGAGCACUGCAGUAGUACUGGAAUCUCUAUACUCCUUCAGCUCUCCUUUCCUUCUCACUGACAUAUCUACUGGCUAAUGUGAAGAAUCCUGCUGCUCCUUAUUAAACAC